UCUGCACCUCUUUCAAGACUGAAUGACCCAUCCUUUGCCUGCCAUUAAAAUAAAUAGAAGGUUUACGCGUAUCUAUAGCCAUACACAGCGCACUAAAACCACUGCUAUCGCUAUUGCAAACCUCCUCUCCUCUCCUCUCCUCUCCAAGGUUUCUCCUUUUAACAGAAGAUGAUGAUGGGUGGAAGAAGCAGUUCAAGAUAUCCCUUCACUGCUUCCCAAUGGCAGGAGCUUGAACAUCAAGCUCUCAUCUUCAAAUACAUGGCUUCAGGCAUUCCCAUUCCUUCUGAUCUCAUCCUCCCCAUCAGAAGAAGUUUUCUUCUCGACUCCACAACAACCUCACCUUCUCUCGUUUUCCCUCCCCAAACACAAUUGGGAUGGAGCUGCUUUCAGAUGGGAUUUGGGAAGAAAGCAGAGGACUUGGAGCCAGGGAGGUGCAGGAGAACUGAUGGGAAGAAGUGGAGAUGCUCCAAGGAAGCUUACCCUGAUUCUAAGUAUUGUGAGAGGCACAUGCAUAGAGGAAAGAACCGUUCAAGAAAGCCUGUGGAAAUCUCUCUUGCUGCUAAAACAAAUCACUCUUCUUCUUCUUCUUCUUCCUCCUCUUCUGCGCAGUCACCAUAUCUUGCCAACCUUUCAAUCUCAACUCCAGAAACUAAUUACCACCUCUCAUGCCCUUUUUCAAACUCCUCGAGACCUCCAUGGGCUCAUUUAUCUUCUGAUUCUGGAGCUUCACAUCUUCAAUAUGGAGAAGAUGGGAUGAAGGAUUUAGAAGGAUGCAGUUUCUUUUCUGGCAUGACUGGAACUGAGAGGGAGAGUUCAUCUCAGUUAGAAGCUAUGGGAAUGAGCUCCAUCGGACAAGCAAAGCAGAGCAGCUACUCACUAUCUAAGGAGGAAGAGGAAGAAAGACAGAAGACUCUCCGCCAUUUUUUUGAUGAGUGGCCACAAAGGAACAAGGAUCCAUGGAUGGACAUAGAAGAGGAGAACAGCUCCUAUACUAAAACUCAGCUCUCCAUCUCAUUCCCAAAAUGGUCUUUUUAGUCUUCUCUACUGCAAAAUGGAUGAAACUCGAAACACGAGAAGACAUGAUCAAGUGGCUGUUGCUUGCUGUUUUGAACUUCGCAGUUCAUUCAAUAUUUUGAAUUCCGUAAUUUUGUUUGUAUUUUUCUUCUAGCUCUGCUGAUGUUUCUGAGAGGAUGAUAGCCUGAUUGGCGUUUUGGUUUUUAGGACUCUGCGAGUAUAUUUUCUCUGCAUAUGUAUGGUUUCGUUUGUCA